GCUCAUAGUCUACCGAGCUACGAAAUGACAGCUGACAAAUGAGGAAAAAAGAUUGAGAAAAAAAGAAAAGAAUUUACAAAACACAAAAAGCAAGAAAGGUGUGUCUCUUCUGUGAACAGUGAAAUUUUGUGAUUACAGAAAUCUUGUUCAAUCGUGUGCACGCAUUCCAAAUCCGAAUUACAUAAUGGCUGUCCAGUGUAGCGUGCAUUCGUUACGGUGUAAAGUUUAAGCGCGUGGGUCGUGAGCUGCAGGAGGCUGCUGGGAAACGUCGGCAGGGGGAACCUUUGCACGACGGGACGGGAUACCCCUAUCGGUGUGGCGGAAACGAGGGGGGAAUUGAUCCGCCGUCGACGUUGCUCUGGUCUGCCGCUGCUGCACGGCAACGCGACCAUUGGCCCCGCACCCCGCCUCGCGUUAUCGCGUUUCCCGUCGUGCCGAUAUCGUUCUACCUCUGCUGCACCGAACGUCUUCCCUCCCACCCCGCAUCCGGCUCUAACCUGUGUGGCUUACCCGCACACCCCCCCAAAAGUGUUACCGUAACGUGGUGUUGUGUGGUGUCCGCCGCUUCCGCCCCACGCACGCACGCACGCAGGCACGCAUCCCGUGUUUUGCUGCCCGGUUCUGAAAAGAGAGCGAAAGUGUUGGGAGUGCGCGUCACAAGAGAGAGUGCGAAAGUGAGAGAGCGUGCACCAGCAGCAGUAGCAGCAGCAGCAGGCUCCAAAGAUCCGGAAGAAGAAAUUUUGUUUUGGGAGCUCUGGUAAACCGAAGAAGAAAAAAAAAUAUAGUGCAAAAUGUGGAACAUGAUGUGCGACGUGAUGCCGACCAUCUCGGAGGACACCAUCUCCCAGCGGUCGUCCCAGUUCAGCGGCGAGGAUGCCAACUUCGAGCAGCUGAUGGUUUCGAUGCUGGACGAGCGGGACAAGCUGAUGGACAGCUUGCGCGAAACCCAGCAGCGGAUGGCGGACAUGGAGAUGAAAAUCCAGGAGGUGGAAAAGGAACGGGACAGUCUACAUCGACAGAUUGCGGCCAAUUUACCACAGGAAUUCUCGACACUAACCAAAGAGCUAACGCAGGCCCGCGAGACGCUGCUCGAACGAGACGAGGAAAUCGGAGAGCUGAAGGCGGAACGAAACAAUACCAGGCUCCUGCUGGAACAUCUCGAGUGUCUGGUGUCCCGGCACGAGCGUUCGUUACGCAUGACGGUGGUGAAACGGCAGGCGGCGUCCCAGAGCGGUGUAUCAAGCGAGGUGGAGGUGUUGAAGGCCCUUAAAAGUUUGUUCGAGCACCACAAGGCGUUGGAUGAGAAGGUUCGAGAACGGCUCCGAAUAUCGUUAGAGAAAAACAAUGAGCUGGAAGAGGAACUCAACCAAACCAAAGAGGAGCUUCAACAAUACAAGUCAGGUGUAUUGUCUAACCAAUCGGACCCCUCGUUGGACAGUAGCAGUGAAAAGAAGGACGCGCUAAAGAAUGGUGAAGCCGGAGAAAUGAUCGACUAUAGUGCGAAAACGCACGAACUACAAACGAUCAUUGAGAAGCAAACGGCCGAACUGUCCCAGUGGCAACGGCGCGUCUCCGAUCUGAAUACCAAGAUCAACGAGAUGGAGGACAACAUGUGCAAGCUGCAGAAGGAGUAUACCAAAUCGCAAGAAGCGUGCGUGAAGCUGCAACGUGAUCUGCGCGAAAACGUUGCACAGAAAGAGGACCAAGAGGAGCGGAUUGCAACGCUCGAAAAGCGCUAUCUGAAUGCGCAGCGCGAAUCAACCUCACUGCAUGACCUGAACGAGAAGCUUGAACAGGAAUUGCGUCACAAGGAGGCUCAGCUUAAGCUGCAAGAGGGCAAGAUAGCAGCGAUACAAGAAAAGCUCGAACUGUCCGAACAAAAGUUGGCCCAGUUCUCGAAAUUGCCUGAAAUGGAGGAACAACUUAAGGCUCGUAUGGAAGCCCUAACACAGGUAGGCAAGCAGGCUCAAGAGCGGCACGGUUCCGCGGAAGAUCGAAUAACGCGCCUCGAGAACAGUGUGGAGGAAAAGAAUGCGGAAGUCAUGCGUCUGAAUCAAAGACUGAAAAUGAACGAAGAGCACAAUCAGCGACUGUCGUCGACGGUGGACAAACUGCUUGCCGAGUCGAACGAUCGAUUGCAAGUCCAUUUGAAGGAACGCAUGACAGCGCUGGAGGAGAAAAAUACGCUCACGCAGGAGCUCGACAAGGCGCGCAAAUACGCCGAAGAGCUGUGCCAGGAGAAAUCGGAUAUGCUCAAGGAAAUCGCAAAGAACCGGCUAGAAAUGGAAACAUUCAAGCGUCAAAUUUUGCAACAGGAAAUUGCGUACAAUAUCCAGCAAACCGAAGCACUAACCAGAAGCUUAUCACCAAACGCGGUCGGCAAUGCCUCUGCCAACAGUGGAUUUUCACGCAGCGGCUCGGCCACAUUCAGCACGCACAGCUUGCGGCGAAACAAGUCGACACUCGAGGAGGAACACUUUAACCGCUCCAUGGCGGAACAGGACUGGAACAAGCUGCAGCACAUGGCCAAUGCACAAGUAUUUGACGGAGGCGUUCUUGAGGGCGCCGAUGAGGCGGACAAUCUGUUCGGUACUGGCGACAUUAUUUCACCGACCGGACACACCGAUGCACAAACCCUGGCCAUCAUGCUGCAGGAGCAACUUGACGCAAUCAAUAAUGAGAUCAGGUUAAUACAAGAGGAAAAACAGUCGACAGAAGCACGAGCAGAGGAGCUGGAAUCUCGUGUCGGAAGUUUAGAGCACAUGAAUCUGCUGGCCCGUGGACGGUCGAUGGAUCGCCAAAGUCCACCGCUCAGUGGCAGCAGCACACCAAACAGUCCCAACCGUGACUAUCUUCAAAAGUAUCAUACGGCGCCAGCGUCGAUGUCGCCAGCGCAUUUGCAUCAAUACGUUACCACUUUGAAUCAAGUUCCGUUGUCCGAAUCGUUACCCUCUAGCCAAGUACAGCUGGCGCAUCUUCAGUCGGAUAUGCAGCAUGACGAUAUGGGAAAUGCAGACCACGAUAUGUCGGCGGGCGGUCUUGGCGGAGGCGAUACCAGUUCCGGCGGAACAAUAUCACCGGCCACCGCACGCACAAUGCGGCUGGAACGUUUCGCACUCGCACUAGCCCACAGCCAAGAAGAGCUGAAACGGCGAUCGCAAGGAGUCGUGCAUGGAUCGGAAUUUCCAAGCGAGUCCAGGAAUCAUUUUGUCACCAGCAACACGUACGGAAUGUCUCCGCUAAACUCACGCCAUGGAAGCCAGGAAUCGUUGAAGCACUUAAGUAUGGUUAGUUCGUUAAGUUCUCUACAAACGCCAACCGCCAGCCGGGGAGGAGAUGCCGUAUCGGCGGCUCAAAAGAAGAAGGGCAUUAAAUCCAGUUUGGGACGGUUCUUCAGUAAAAAGGAGAAGGUAAAGGGCGUAAAGGAUUCUUCGAUGCCAGACGGUUCUACUAGUAUGAUGUCGAUGAGCGGUCUAUCGCUUAUUAGUGACAUUGAUUCUACGUAUGAUAAUAUCAGCGUAUCUGGUUACAGACCACCGGGCAAAUCGAAUCCGAUCGAUUAUACUCGACAAAAGAAAAAGGAACACGAUUAUCGGCAUGAUCUGCUGGGCGAAGCGAUGAAAGCUGGCACACCGUUUGCACUGUGGAACGGGCCAACAAUUGUGGCUUGGCUCGAGCUGUGGGUCGGCAUGCCGGCCUGGUAUGUGGCGGCUUGCCGUGCCAACGUAAAAUCCGGUGCCAUUAUGAGCGCUCUGAGCGAUACGGAAAUACAGCGCGAAAUCGGUAUCAGCAAUCCACUGCACCGGCUAAAACUACGUCUUGCCAUACAGGAAAUGGUGUCCCUAACGUCGCCAUCGGCACCGCAAACCACGCGGACAACGCUGGCAUUCGGAGACAUGAAUCACGAGUGGAUAGGAAACUAUUGGUUGCCUAGUUUGGGUCUACCUCAGUACCGUACUACGUUCAUGGAGUGUCUAGUGGACGCUCGCAUGUUAGAUCACCUCAACAAGAAGGACCUGCGCGGUCAGCUGAAGAUGGUGGACAGCUUCCAUCGGACCAGCCUGCAGUUCGGCAUAUCCUGCCUGAAACGGCUUAACUACGACCGUACCGCGCUGGAGGAGCGACGAAAGGCGUCCGAAAACAGUCUCAGCGAUGUGCUGGUGUGGACAAACGAUCGCACAAUGCGAUGGGUGCAGAGCGUUGGCCUUAAGGAGUAUGCCAACAAUCUGCUAGAGUCCGGUAUACACGGCGCACUGAUAGCGUUAGAUGAAAGCUUCGAUGCUAAUUCCAUGGCCCUAGCUUUGCAAAUUCCAACACAAAACACACAGGCUAGACAAAUUUUAGGCACGGAAUUUAACAAACUACUCGAACUGUCGACCGAACGGCGCACGGAUCGAGAUUCAAUCAAAUCUUGACAUAAUCCUAGUCAUCCUAGUCUAAAUGGAUAAUAAGUAUGCUAAUAUUAAUAAUGAUAAUAAUAUAAAGUAAUAAUAAUAAUAAUAAUGAUAAUAACAUAGCAUUAUUAUUAUGAAGUAAUUGAAAAUAUUAAUACUAAUAUUAAUAAUAUAACGAUAAUACCUACCUACUAACAGGCGGAUCACUGCGCAUAGGACAUGAGUAUGAGAAGGCAGGGAGAGGAAUAGUAUUUUAUCAGGAAUUAAACACAAACUGCAAGUAAAGCUAAAAAAAAAAGGACAUAACACGGAUAGGGGCGUCGGUGAAAGUCGAAUAUUCAAAGCAAAGAUACAUACCAGCAGCAUUAGCAACAAAUGAUUUAGUAGGCAAAAAGGGAUACCGUGCAGAAAACACAGGACCGGGGAACUGGGGGGUAGAGAUAUAAUAGAGGGAAACAAUAUAUAUAUUAUAUAUACAUACAUGUCAGGGCGGGCUAAAGCACGUAAGCGGCGGUACAAAAAAAAACGCUUGUAUUGCAUGCGCCGCAAGUCGGCGGAAGACGAGUUGGGAAUGGAGCAUUAUCUCAACAUUGCAAACCUUGUCGCCAUACAUUUAAGGCAAUCGCACGCAUCACUGGGAAAAGCAAAAGCGAAGCGGAGACACCAUAGGGGAGAGAAGGGAAAAUGCGGUGGCGCCAGCACAGGGAUAUCCCUUUCGCAGCUAUGUAUAUGGUAGGUUUGAAAACAGACGCCCAAGUGAAAAGUAUUUGUUAAAAUGUGGGAUGGGUGGGAUAUAGAUUGCGUAGGAAUGGGGCAGCCUCUGUGGAAGAAAGCGAGGGUACGGGGGGCUGGGUUGCGCAAAACAUGCAGAUACAGAAUGCAGCUGUAAAUGCUGCCAAAAACUUUAAAGGAACAAAACAAGAAAAAAAAACUACCGCUAUUGUAAAGAUAUACUUAUAAUCCCGGCAUGAAAACAGGAACAGAGCUAAUGGAACAGUGAAAACAGCAAAAGAAAACCAAGAAACAAACAACAAAUACAAAAUGCAA